UGCAGGAACGGUGCCAGGAGCGGGAGCUGUGACCAGUGAGCGGGUGGGUGCUCCUGCAGGAGGUCCAGGCACUCUCCGGAUUCCAGAAGCCAAAAUGGAGUGCGCAGGUGAAGACCUAUCAAGUUUAGCCUUACUUGAUAGUGUGUUGGAAAUGUUUCCAGGACUUACAGAAUGUCAACAGAUCCUUAAUGACAUUGAUGAGAGGCUAAAAGAAAAUUCACUGUGUGUUGAAGAAUGUCUGGAAAACCUUAAUCAGGAAGCAAGUGAAGGUUGUGCUGGUGAGAUCCUCCAGAAUAAAGUGGACUGUCUUCGGUGGCUGAAUAAUCGCGCUACAACCCGCAGACUGUCUGAUACACCUCCCUCUGAAGUGAUGGUGUUCCUCAAGACUGUGCAACAUUUUCUGAAGAACUGUGAAAAUCAGGAGGACCCUGUUCUUCAGUUUCUUAUGGAUCUCUCCAGUGAGAGUGGCAUCAUUUUCCCUUCCUUUCCCAGUGGAAGCUCUUUUCAGUGCACAUCCCAGACCUCACUACACGCCAUUGAAGAUGACUCUACGAUGGAUAUGCAGGCUGUGUGGGAUGAUAUAAGACUUCAUUUACGUCGUCAUCUUGUUGGCAAAUUGCAAGCACGCUUUGACACCUAUAACAAUCACGCAAAUAUUCACUUGAAAGCCCAGUGCUUACGGCGCCUUCUUUUCCUCUAUCCUGAGUCUGAUGUCCUUGCUAAAUAUCAGAACAUCCAGCAGAAUUUUGUUGUUGAGCUUCUGCACAACUGUAGCGAGAGGAACAUUGGAAGUGUACUUGGGGCAUACCAGAAAGCUAUUCCCAAGGUGUACAUGAUGAUAAAAGAGGAUUUGUUUGUGUUAAGCCGUGUUAUAGACUCAUCAUUAAUAAUUAAGUUUAGCAAUGAGACUUUCUUUGAAGCCAUCACAGAAGAGAUGAAAACAUUCUUUGAAAUACUUCAUGAAUCCAACAAUGAGGAGCAGCGUCUUCAGCCAGCAACACCAAACAAGAAGAAGCACAAGCAGAGGGUGCACGUCCUUGCCAUGAAUCCUGAGAAUCUGCAAAGGAAGGGCAGUGAUUCACCCUUACAGCUGCAUCAACUGAAAUCCUUGUCCAAAUUCAUCAAGCUUUUUUUGUGGCUUGAAGAAGAGGUAGAAAAUGCAACUUCUGAAAUCCUAUUUCUUUCCUGUUAUCCGGAAAUAAAGGGAAAUGUACAAGGAAAUGUGAAGAAGGAUUGCGGUGAUGGGAAGACUAAUGAAAGCUGUAUAUUAGAUGAGAGUUCAUUGCUGAUGAAGGAAAUGCCUACCUUGAAAUUUGAUUGGAGGAACCACUUGAAAGACCUUUCGCGCUUUAUGCUGCCUGGUCUAACUGGUGAAAUGGAAGCUGUGACCGCUUAUAUUCUGCAGCGAAACAGUGAGGAAUUCUCAACCACUGCAGGGUCCCGAAUGAGCCUUAUCAGCAUCACUGAAUCAUAUGAGCAUUAUGGAGCCAUAUCAGAAAAACAGAGGCCAAAGAAAGUUGCUAAGUUUUGUGUUGACAUGACAGAAGAGUUUGAUGGGCUGUUCCCCCUGGCAUUGGCGUGCAGAGAUGAUUCAAUACAAAACAUAAGGACUUGCUUUGUAGAAGCCUUUAGCAAAGCAGUGACUUCUGUCCUGACUAGACUGGAAGAGUGGAGCUCGCAGGUGCCAGAGAAAGCUCCUGUACAGACAGCCCUUGUUGUUAUAUCCUCCGCUAUCCAUAUUCUGCACCACCUUACACACUAUAAUGAGAAAAUGAGCAAGAGGCCCUUGUUUCUAGCGGCUGUCCAGAGAUACCAGGAGUUUGUCAGCAAUCUCCAGGUCCAAGUUACAAAUUACUGCAUCAACAUUUGUGCUACAAGCCUCUUUCAUGAUGCAGAGAGCCACCACUGGGAUGAUAACAACGCUUUUUAUGAGGGGGAACGUUGCUCAUUUUCCAUCCAGAUGUGGAAUUACUUCUGUUGUGGACUCCGACACGACCUAUGGACUCUGGUACCACCAGCUCAUGCCCAGAAGAUACUUUCAGAAGUUCUGGAGCAAACUUUGGCUUUGCUAGCUUUCAGAUACUCCCAGGUUCACCCCAACUACAAGCGAGCGCUACAAAUACGUAUUGAUGUCCUGGCUAUUCUUUCAUGUGUGGAAAACUUGCUGUGGUCGGUAUGUAGCACAGUUCAAGAACUUGUCACGCCAGCGCAAAAUCCCACAGAUAUGAUUUGUAAGAUACACCAGCACUGUAACAGCCUGCUCAUAGUACUGACUGCCUUAACAGCAUCUUUGGAAAUUUUGAAGCAGGCCAUGAAGAUUAAGAUUCCUGAAUUUCAUGGACACCCUCCAGAUCCAGAACCUGAAGACUUAUUAUACUGGCUAACUUUUAUUAAUCCAGAUCUGUUCCCUUCUUCACCUAAAACUCCAUCAGCAGCAGAAAUGGCAGUCCAGGGUCAUCUGAAAAUGCUCUUAUCCCAACCAUGCUGUAAUUGGAACUUGCUUCUCGAAACACUGCUGCAUCCUGAUUGUCUCAUUGCAAGAACUUUGCUGACUUGCUCAAUAACGGAGGUCCAGGAAACAAGCGAAUAUGAAAUGUUAAAGAUGGAUGCUAACAAUAUGAAAGACUUAAAUUUAACAGAAAUGAUCCUCUCUGUGUUCUGCUAUUGUACCUUGUCACCUCUAUCUUUUACUACUCUGCUGGAAAAAUAUAUGGAUCAGGAGCAACUUUGGGAUUCCCUGUGCAACCAGACAGCACAUACCACUAGAAAUGUAGUGCUCCGAUAUUUAAGAACAACCCUGGUAAGAUCAGUGAAAGGCUUGGUGAAUCAGAUUACCUCAUUCAUCAGCUCCUUUGAUCCCACCGAUCAUGAUUUUACCAUUUCAAACCAUCACAAUGUUCCUGAUGUCCUGCUGAAGGCAUUGCCAGAGAAAUGGAACUUCACCACCCCAGUGGGAAAAGAGCCAAAGAAAUCUUCAAAAAACUUCACAGGAUUGACAGCUGAAGCAGUCUACAUUGUGAUCGGCAAGCUACCUUCAAUAAUUGCAUGCCUGCCUCCCCCAAUAAAGUCAUUUUACUUAUUCUCAGAGAGAAAAAUAUCAGAGCAGAACUCUGUAUAUAAGGCUACAGGAAUACUUGUAUGGAACGUAAUUGGUAUUAUUUGUCAUAUACUAGAAGAUGAAAAAGCCAUAGAACAGAUGACAGGUUCUACGCAGUCUCAGUGGAGUAAAGAGAAUCUCUCUGUAGUGUGUCGGUGCUUAGAAAGGUCCAUUGGAAUCGAGACCAGUAAAGCCAAAGAUGAGACGCAAAGAGUAUUUGAAGACAUUGAGAAACAUCAACCAAAGUGGAUUGAGAACCAGGUGCUGAAAGCUAAAGUUCUGAGCUCAGAGGGUGGGUCUGAGAUGCAAGAAGGCAGUUCAAUAUUAAAAGACCAAGGCAGCAGACUCGAUCUCACUGAGCAGAAAAUAAACAUGAUGGUACUGGAUAUCUGCCACAAACCAGGUGGCAGCGAGUACCUGAGGCAAAUUCAUCACAUCAUCCAGCUCAAUGAGGAUCAUCUGAAUAAGGCAUUGUCUUCUCACCAUUCUGAACAGGCAGACAUACAGUCAAGAGCUUUUCAGUUGACCUUGACCAAUGUAGGAGAUCCGCAUCUAUCCUUCAACCCUCUGCUUAGGUUCACGUUGCCUGGUUUAAAUGUUCUAAGUGAGGCUGCCACAAUGCCAGAGAGCGGGGCUUGGCAGAAGUUGCUGCCGCACUGUUUGGAUGUGGAUCCUGUGACCUUGGGUGGACUGCUUCUGCACAGAUGGGAAGCCAGAGAAGAAGACAGUCUUACUGAAGAGGAGAAGAACUUGAUGGAACAGUUGAAAGAAAUGAUUUUCAGUGGGGACCUGCCAUCUGCAAGCCCAUGAUAUCAUCAAGCAAGCUCAUCUCCAUGACUGGAACAAGCAUAGGUCAUAUCUGAAAACACCGACUGGAGUUACAACUUGGUUUCAACAUAACUGUCUAUAGAACAGUCACUUUCCACUCUAGAUACUAUACUGCACAGAGGAGCAACCAAUAAGAAAAACAUUGUUAAUUAUUUCAUUGUUGUCAAUAGACAGACUAUACUAUAUCCAUACAAAUCUUAUUACUGUUACAUUAAUCUCCUGUUGUCAUUUCCGAGCAGUAUCAGAAAAUGACACUAAACAGGUUUGCAAACUUAAUAUUGUACAUUUCCUAUACGAAAAUAUUGCCUAUGUACAUUGCAUACAGUAUGUUUAUUUGUUACAUUUAUACAUUGGUGAUAUUGAAUAAAGGUUGGAUUUUCUUUUUUGGGGGAAGUAGAAUAAUACUCUAAAAGCACUUUGUACACCUAGUAAAGGUCAUAGGUCAUCUUGGAUGUUCUAACCACAGUAUGACAAAGCCUUAAAGUAAAACCAUUGUAUAAUACAGUGGUUCCCAAACUUGUUUUAAUCACGAUGCCCUAGAAAAUCAGAAUUGUUUUCACUGCACCCCUAGGCCAAUAGUUUCUUGUUAAGAAAUUUUGAAAGAAAUAUUAAAUUAAGUAAAUUGUG